AUGCUUGCUGAUUCACAGCUACUACACGACCUUCAUCAGUUUGCCUACAAUCCAGCUGGCCAGGCAGUCUGUGUUUAUGGUGACCCUGCCUACCCCCUUAGAGUGCAGAUGCAAGGACCCUUUAGAUAUGGUGUAUUGACGCCACAAAUGCAGCAGUACAAUACAGAGAUGAGUGCUGUUAGAAGUUCUGUUGAAUGGCUGUUCGGAGAUGUAAUCAACUCGUUUAAGUUUAAUGACUUUAAAAAAGAUCUGAAGCUUUUCCUCAGCAGUGUUGGAAAGAUCUAUGUUGUUUCUGUCAUACUGCGUAAUGCAAUGACAUGCUUGUAUGGUAACAUGACCUCAGAAUUUUUUGACCUUAGGCCACCUACUCUUGACACAUACUUUGGCUAG